AUGAUCUUUAAAGUCCUAAUUUUUUUGUCCUCCCCUCACUUCUUCCUUUCGCCUAAUAAUCAGUCUGUCCUCGAUUCUGAUGUCCCUCACCUAGCGCCCGUUCCUUUGUCUUCUGCUACUGUUGGCCGGGAGAGCCUCGAUUUUUUAGGUUUCGCUGGAGAGCCUAAUUGUGCGGGCAACGAAUCUGCCUAUGUUGACUUCAACACAUGGGAUGAUGGCCUGCUUUGUCUCUCUGAGGAGCAUGUCGCUAUUUUGAUGAAACUCGCCGAGCCAUGGAUGACUAACCCGAAGCAUAGCCCGGGUUGA